AUGUCGGAGGGCAUAGGGGUACAAAAUGCUAGCAGGCGGUUUCCCGGCAACGACAAGAUCUCGGUCGCUCCGCGGCCUCCCAGGUCAUCGUCCGCUGUUGCUCUGGCGGAUUGUAUCACUGGAGACCAGAAGCCUUCUCCUUCUCCUGAUCGUGUUGAGCGUCGGGAACUCCAGCACAUAGACGCCGCGCCUGGCCGACACCGCACUACGCUCGCUCGUAGAAGUGCAACACGCCGUUGGGCUGCUAGCCCUCCCGAUUUGCCAGAGUUUUCGGGGACCCUUCUGAUAAACCAGGCUGCUCUACAAGCUCAAGCUUAUACAGCGCGCUUGCAAGCACGCUCAUCCCCUCAUCCUGCUCCCGCUCCGACUAACGAGCCAGAACCCGCGGCUACGGAUCCUCGUCGCCUUUCAGAGCGGUCGGAGGAGUUCAAACAUCCAUCGCGUACCUUGACCAGCCUGCUUCGAGAUUGUUUUAGGGAUAUGCUUUGUGGUGAAAAGUGA